AUGUCGCCCCCUCUCAACUCCGCCUUCGAGGACGCCAUCCGCGUCACUCCCCAGGGCUCCAACAAGUACAGAGCCUACCUACACCCUGAGUGGUGUAUUGGAACAGUCCCCCAUGGCGGCUACACAACAGCAGUCCUAUACCGCCUUGCAAUCACGCAUUUCGCCCACGCCCAUCCUAAACAAUACUCCAGCUCCGCCAGCCCAAUCUCGCUGCAACUCUCCUUCCUCCGCCGCACCGCCUCCGGAACCGCAAUUUGCGAAGUCGAAGACGUCAAGCUGGGCCUGCGCACCAGCACCAUUCACGUGAAACUGCUCCAGGAAUCCGAGAAGCAUAAGGGCACCUUUGAAGUCAAAGUCGCGGGCUACAUCACGGUCAGUCCGCCGGACGCGGAGGUGGGGAUCAGCGCUGCAACUGGGUGGGUGCCACAGCCAUCUCCGCCGCCUGGAUCCAAGCCCAAUGGGGGGAUCGACUUCGCGGCCCUAGCGCAACGCGGCUCCGACGGCGCCUGGGUGCGCCUCGAACCACCCUUCACCGAAUUCCGGCGCGCCGCCGCGCAGCUAGAGCUAUACGGUCCCGGCAAAGGAGAAGCGCAGCAUCGACGCACGGGAUCGCUGGCUAUAGAUCAAUGGGCGCGCUUCCGGCCCGGCGGGGACUCCAAUGCGCGCUGGACCGACGCGGCGGUUGUGUAUCUGCUCGACAUGUUCCCCAUGGCGCUGGACGGGUUCGAUACUGUCUCUGCGACGGCGGAGGCUAAGGCGCAGGGCACGGAUGUGCCUGAGAACGUGGCAAAGUUCUGGUAUCCGACUGUUACGCUCAAUAUCGAUAUGAAGAAGCGCCUCCCUGCUGAGGGGGUUGAGUGGCUGUAUAGUCGCAUUGUGACGAAGGUGGUGCGCGAUGGACGCACGGAUCUGGAUGUUACGGUGUUGGAUCGCAAUGGGGAGGUUAUUGCGUUGAGUACACAGGUUGGACUGGUUGUUAGUGCGAGUCGGAAUUUGGGGAGUAGGAAGGUACAGCAGAAGCUGUAG